UUCCUCCUGCGCUUCUGUUUGCGCUUCGUCCUUCUCUCUCUCUCUCUCUCUCUCUCUCUCUUUCACUCUCUCUCUCUUUCUCUCCCGCCCCCCCGAUCUGUAUGCAUGUGUGUGUAUGUGAGACAGAGUGAGUGCGCGCUCGCGCGUGUGUGCAUGUGUGUGUGUAUGUGUGUGUGAGUGAGUGUGUGUAUGAGAGAGAGAGAGAGAGUGUGUGAGUGAGUGUGUAUCUGGUAGUUUUACUGCCCUGUAGUUUUUUUUUCUAAGACAGCGCUAUGGAUGGAGACGGGAGUCAAGCCACGUCCGGAAGCCCGAACGACACACAGCAUGACCCGGGCAAAAUGUUUAUCGGUGGCCUGAGCUGGCAGACCUCACCAGACAGCCUUAGAGACUAUUUCAGCAAAUUUGGAGAGAUCAGAGAAUGCAUGGUGAUGCGAGACCCCACAACCAAACGCUCAAGAGGCUUCGGGUUCGUUACGUUCGCUGACGCGGCCAGUGUAGAUAAAGUCCUAGCUCAGCCGCACCACGAAUUAGACUCAAAGACGAUUGACCCUAAAGUGGCCUUCCCUCGCCGCGCUCAGCCUAAGAUGGUCACAAGAACGAAGAAAAUAUUUGUGGGGGGUUUGUCAGCGAACACAGUGGUGGACGACGUGAAGCAGUAUUUCGAGCAGUUCGGAAAGGUAGAAGAUGCUAUGCUGAUGUUCGACAAGACCACUAACAGACACAGAGGCUUUGGCUUCGUAACGUUCGAGAAUGAAGACGUCGUAGAGAAAGUCUGUGAAAUUCAUUUCCAUGAAAUCAAUAAUAAAAUGGUAGAAUGUAAGAAGGCCCAGCCGAAAGAGGUGAUGUUCCCUCCAGGCACACGGGGCAGGGCCAGGGGUCUGCCCUACACCAUGGACGCCUUCAUGCUGGGAAUGGGAAUGCUGAGUUACCCAAACAUCGUGGCGACCUAUGGACGUGGAUACACUGGAUUUGCUCCGAGUUAUAGCUACCAGUUUCCCGGUUUCCCGGCGGCAGCGUAUGGUCCGGUGGCGGCGGCGGCAGCGGUGGCAGCAGCACGAGGCUCAGGUAGGGGCGCCCGAGGAAGAGGCAGCUACGUGGCGUACCCACAGAACCCGGGGCCAGGCUUUCCCGAUUAUGGGUUUUAUUCCGCGCCCAGUGACCAGCGGGGAGCACCCUGCUCCUUUGCCGACUAUGGCUCCCUGGGGCCUCAGGCGGCUCAGAUGCUGCAAAGCGAGCACGCCACAUCUGCCUGCAACUCUCCCCUGCAGCACCUUCACAGCCCGGAUCAGUUUAAGAGCCCAGGCGCUAACCCUGCUCGGCCUGGAGCCUUCCCGGGUGCCAACAGUCCAGGGCCUGUAGCUGAUCUGUACGGCCCGACCAGUCAGGAAUCGGCCGUGGGGAACUACAUCAGUGCUGCUAGUCCUCAGCCUGGAUCUGGCUUCAGCCAUGGUAUUGCUGGCCCCUUGAUUGCAACGGCUUUUACAAACGGAUACCAUUGAAACCUAACAGGUGGUCGGUCGCCAUCUCAGCGGAGCGUAAAUCUGGAGGUUCUGGGAAGACGGGCCAAAGUUUCUAACUGGUCGUGUACAGGUGAUGACGUGAGACUUCAAGCACUGCAGCCUCCCAUCGGUGAAAGUGACAUGAGGGUGGCACCCUGAAAGAAGUAAAGAAGAAAGGAUAUGUUAAGCUCAUCAAAAAAAAAAAUAAUAAUAAAAUAAUAAUAAUAAUAAUAAUAUUAACUGCUGUACCAUAAACUACCCCCCACCCUCUUGUAACCACGUAACUUUUAUUUGUUCUGUAUAGCAUUUUAUUUCUCUUCAUUUCCUUUUGCUUUUAGUUGGUUAAUUCGCGUAGCUGAUGACAAAAAAAAAAAAAAUGAAAAAAAGUUUAGUUUGGUUUUGUGAUCAUUUCGAUUUUGCUUAUCAAUCAUGUGAAUUUUCUUUCUGCAGUGUAGUAUGUGUGUUUACUGGUCAUGUCUGAAUUACUUUUGGUACCAAUUGUUGUAAAGCUCCGAUUUUAUGGUGUCAUAUUUGCACAAGAACAGUUAAAGAUCCAGCGUUAGACCUACAAGAGAACAUUUAAUUUCGAGUGAAAAACAAGAGGGUAACUGAUCUAAUCAAUCUUAGUAGCUGUUUUUAAUUCUUGUGAUGUCUCAUUGUCGAUCAUAAUUACCUAUUUUUGGGCAAUACAAAGAGGACUCCAAUA